ACUGAGUGGAGCCCAGUGACAGGAUGGCUGGGCACAGAUUGGUGUUGGUAUUAGGAGACUUGCACAUCCCACAUCGGUGCAACAGUUUGCCAGCUAAGUUCAAAAAACUGUUGGUGCCAGGGAAGAUUCAGCACGUUCUCUGCUCUGGAAACCUUUGCACCAAAGAGAGUUAUGACUGUCUCAAGACUCUGGCUGGUGAUGUCCAUAUUGUGAGAGGAGACUUCGAUGAGAAUCUGAAUUAUCCAGAGCAGAAAGUUGUGACUGUUGGGCAGUUCAAAAUUGGUUUGAUCCAUGGACAUCAAGUUAUUUUAUGGGGAGAUAUGGCCAGCCUAGCCCUACUGCAGAGGCAGUUUGAUGUGGACAUUCUUAUUUCAGGACAUACACAUAAAUUUGAAGCAUUUGAGCAUGAAAAUAAAUUCUACGUUAAUCCAGGUUCUGCCACUGGAACAUAUAAUGCCUUGGAAACAAACCUUAUUCCUUCAUUUGUGCUGAUGGAUAUCCAGGCUUCUACAGUCGUCACUUAUGUGUAUCAGCUAAUUGGAGAUGAUGUGAGAGUAGAAUGAAUCGAAUACAAAAAAUCUUAAAGCCAGGCCUGUCCUGUUGAUUU